AUGGCUCCUCUGAUUGAAUCGUGGCCUGCUACGGAGCUCCCGCAACGCCUUCAGAUCCAUCAUGUUGGAUACAAACCCAAGGCUCGCAAAGGCGGCCGUCUCGAUCUCACUCAGUGUCCGCUUUACGAGCUAACGCAAUAUUCGUGCAAUCCCCCCGAAGCAGGGCCACCGGAGCCUGGUGUGGUUAGGUGUACUACUUUUACAAGACUCUUCCGGAGAUGCGCCAACGGAGUUACUGCUGAGACUACGGCGUGGGAAGGGCAGAAUUCGCUGUCCACUGGAGAAUCGGCAUCAACAAGACCAUAG